CCGCUGCCUCGCUUCACCUCGCCUCCCCCCUCCCCCCCCAAAAAAAGCUCCUCAAGAAGAAGAGGCGCCACGCCGCCCGCGCACCGACAGCCAUGUACACGCCGGGGGGAGCAGCCCCCGUGGCCGCGGGACCCGUACUUGCAACACCUCCGCCACUGCCACCUCCAGUGCAGGCAUAUGCAUUUAAACCUCCUCCUCGACCUGACUUUGGUACUUCAGGGAGAACAAUCAAACUACAAGCCAACUUUUUUGAAAUGGACAUUCCCAAAAUCGACAUCUACCAUUAUGAAUUGGAUAUAAAGCCAGAGAAGUGCCCUAGAAGGGUUAACAGAGAAAUAGUUGAACACAUGGUCCAGCACUUUAAAGCGCAGAUAUUUGGGGAUCGUAAGCCAGUAUUUGAUGGGAGAAAAAACCUCUAUACAGCUAUGCCACUUCCAAUAGGGAGAGAUAAAGUGGAAUUGGAGGUCACAUUGCCAGGAGAAGGGAAAGACAGAAUAUUUAAAGUGGCGAUAAAGUGGAUGUCGGGUGUGAGUCUGCAGGCUUUACAUGAUGCUCUCUCUGGUCGUCUUCCAAGUGUUCCUUUUGAAACAAUUCAGGCACUGGAUGUAGUAAUGAGGCACCUGCCUUCCAUGAGGUAUACUCCAGUGGGCCGGUCUUUUUUUACUGCAUCAGAAGGAUGCUCAAACCCCUUGGGUGGGGGCAGAGAAGUUUGGUUUGGAUUCCAUCAAUCAGUUAGGCCUUCACUGUGGAAAAUGAUGCUUAACAUUGAUGUAUCUGCAACAGCAUUUUAUAAGGCACAGCCAGUAAUUGAGUUUGUAUGUGAAGUUCUGGAUUUCAAAAGUAUUGAAGAACAACAGAAACCUCUGACAGAUUCCCAAAGGGUUAAGUUUACCAAAGAAAUUAAAGGUUUGAAGGUGGAAAUCACUCAUUGUGGGCAAAUGAAGAGAAAAUACCGCGUAUGCAACGUUACCAGACGACCAGCAAGUCACCAAACAUUCCCGCUUCAGCAGGAGAGCGGACAGACAGUUGAAUGCACUGUAGCGCAAUAUUUUAAGGAUAGGCACAAGUUGGUUUUACGCUACCCUCAUCUUCCAUGUUUACAAGUUGGACAGGAGCAGAAACAUACAUACCUUCCUCUGGAGGUAUGUAACAUAGUGGCAGGACAGAGGUGUAUAAAGAAGCUGACAGACAAUCAAACUUCCACUAUGAUAAGGGCAACUGCUAGAUCAGCACCAGACCGUCAAGAAGAGAUUAGCAAACUGAUGCGAAGUGCAAGUUUUAAUACUGACCCUUUUGUUCGUGAAUUUGGAAUUAUGGUCAAAGAUGAAAUGACUGAUGUGACGGGUCGGGUCCUGCAGCCGCCUUCAAUUCUGUAUGGAGGCAGGAACAAAGCAAUUGCUACACCAGUUCAAGGGGUUUGGGAUAUGAGGAACAAACAGUUUCACACUGGAAUUGAAAUAAAAGUCUGGGCAAUUGCUUGCUUUGCUCCGCAGCGCCAGUGCACUGAGGUCCACCUUAAAUCCUUCACAGAACAGCUGAGGAAGAUAUCAAGAGAUGCAGGAAUGCCCAUCCAGGGACAACCUUGCUUUUGUAAAUAUGCCCAGGGAGCAGAUAGUGUGGAGCCAAUGUUUCGACAUCUAAAGAACACCUAUGCCGGGUUGCAGCUUGUAGUAGUCAUUUUGCCAGGGAAAACUCCUGUUUAUGCGGAGGUGAAACGUGUGGGUGAUACUGUAUUGGGCAUGGCCACUCAGUGUGUGCAGAUGAAAAACGUGCAAAGGACAACACCGCAGACUCUUUCCAAUCUGUGCUUAAAGAUCAAUGUCAAACUGGGAGGAGUAAAUAACAUUUUACUGCCCCAGGGAAGGCCUCCAGUAUUUCAACAGCCUGUAAUUUUCCUGGGUGCAGAUGUCACUCAUCCACCAGCUGGAGAUGGGAAAAAACCAUCCAUCGCUGCUGUUGUAGGUAGCAUGGAUGCCCACCCUAAUCGAUACUGUGCCACUGUGAGAGUCCAGCAGCAUCGCCAAGAAAUCAUCCAAGAUUUGGCUGCCAUGGUUAGGGAGCUACUGAUUCAGUUCUAUAAAUCAACCCGAUUCAAACCAACACGGAUUAUUUUCUACAGAGAUGGUGUUUCAGAGGGGCAGUUCCAACAGGUUCUCCAUCAUGAAUUGCUGGCUAUCAGAGAAGCAUGUAUUAAGCUUGAAAAAGACUACCAGCCUGGGAUUACGUUUAUUGUUGUGCAGAAGAGGCAUCACACCAGGCUCUUCUGUACAGACAAAAAUGAAAGGGUUGGAAAAAGUGGAAACAUUCCAGCAGGUACAACAGUGGACACAAAAAUCACCCACCCUUCAGAGUUUGACUUCUACCUGUGUAGUCAUGCUGGUAUUCAGGGAACAAGCAGACCAUCUCAUUACCACGUUCUCUGGGAUGACAAUCGUUUCUCUUCGGAUGAGCUUCAAAUUCUUACCUACCAACUGUGUCAUACGUAUGUACGCUGUACUCGUUCUGUUUCAAUCCCUGCACCAGCAUACUAUGCGCACCUGGUUGCCUUCAGAGCCAGGUAUCAUCUGGUGGAUAAAGAGCAUGAUAGUGCCGAAGGGAGUCACACUUCAGGCCAGAGCAAUGGCAGAGAUCAUCAAGCACUUGCAAAAGCUGUUCAGGUUCAUCAGGAUACAUUACGCACCAUGUACUUUGCUUGACAUGUUGCAAUGAUUUAAGUAACUCAGUUCCGAGUUGGAUUCACAGGAGACCAGCUGCACUUAGACCAACAGUUGCCCAAGCUACAGUGACAGCCAGCAAUGAGUGAUGCAUCUUUAUUUUAUUAGAUUUUUAAAUUAUUAUUUUUCCAUUUGCAAGGAAGCCUUCCGUCCGGAAUUUCAGACUUGAUUGUGAACUGUAGACCUGUAUAAAAUUGCACAGCUAUUAGAAUUGUGGAUUUGCCAAAAUCAAAAGCUGCUUGUCAGGAGAAAAGGAAAAUAAUAAUAAUAAUUAAUAAUAAUAAUUAAUAAUAAUAAUUAAUAAUAAUAAUGAAAACCCACAUUCUGUAACUAAAUCUAGAGCUGUGAUCUCAGGGCUAACCCAGCAAACACUUUUCAUUUAGUUAUGCCGUUCUCCAUAUAUAGUUGUUUGUAAUUAAUCUGAAAAUGCCUGCUUAAGAUCAGGCUUAUUGGGCCUGGAAAAAGCUACGAAUCUGCUUUUUUUCCCUGGAAAAAAAGCACUACUUUGGGUGCCAUCGAAAUCUUCUAUCAUUCUGGAUGCAUUCACAAAUCUUUUAUUAUUGCAAUGUAAAAGGGGAGAAAUCUGGUUUGUCCCCUGCUGUGUUUUAUAGAUGAACAGUCUGUGAGGGUCUAUGGGCAAAAAGUAUUUUUUUGAAGUUUGUUCUUGAAUGUCUUUCAUUGUGCUGUUUAUUUUUUUUGUAGAAUGGAUUAUGGAAUACUUUCAUUUAGAAAAAGGAGCUUUAUCUAUACUUUUUAUUAGGUCCACUGAAAGAUUAGCAAAGCGUGCCAUUUAAAAAUAUAUUUUUUCCUUUAAAAAAAUAUCCAUUACAAUUAUUAAUCAUGGAGUUUGUCCUAUAGGACUGUGACACUUAAUUUUCCAAAGCUUUUCUAAAGAAUACGGGUCUGUGGUGAUACAGUACAAUCUUUUUCACUGUUAUGUUUGAAUUAAUGUAAAAUUUAUAUAUGUUUCACAGUAUUAACAUGAUAGACUAGAUGCUAUUUAUUUUUAUUUACUAAGGAGUGCUCAACAUAGUUCUGUUAACAUAUCAUAAAUUGAAAAAAAGCUUUGGAUUUUAGAAAUGAGAAAUUUAUUGUGUGGACACUAGUGAUCUGGGUCAGAAUUCAUCAACCAUAGCUAUCGCAAGUUCUCUGUUCAUUUCAACAGUGCUUUACCCAAAACCCAUUAAAAUGAAUAGAGGUUAUGCUGCAGCAGUACUAGGUGUAUUGCACCUUUUAAAAAGCAGGAAUAUGCAACUGACUUGUGUGGCAGAAUUGAGAGAUUUACCUGGUGUAUAUAUAUCAUUUCUUCAGCUUGUAUCUGGAAGGAUUUUGAAGAGUUCAACUAGCUCAGUACAUCUAACACCUUGUAGUUUAUUCAUGGACAUGAAAGAACAGUUCUAGAUUAAUUCAAACACAAAAAUAAUUCUUCUGUUUGAUCAUCUGAGACUCAGAAGUGGAAGGAAAGACAUUUAAUGUUUACUUGAAGAGGGAAGUGAUGGUCUUACACAUAAAAUGAAUAGAAAGGGGUAAGGAUGGAUGCCAUUUUCUUUAGAGAAGCAUUAAUUCAGACAUAGAUCUACUAAAAAUAAAAGCUUCUGUCUAUUUGCACAACAUUCAUCAAAAUGAUUAUUCACAAACACCAUUGCACUAAUGAUGACAACAGGAACACUACUAGGAUACUGUAAAACAAAGCCCAGGAAGUUUUCCUCUUAAUCUGAUCUCACUGAAUUAAAAAAAAAAAACACUCAAAAACUAAUCACAUUGAGUCAGUGUUAAAUACCUUAAUAUUUUUUAAACCUUCCUAAGAUUCAUUCAGGUUUAUUUUCUUUCUCCUGAAAAGCAGAACAGCUGCUGUUGCAAGAUAUGUGCCCAUUCUCCAUUCAGUGAAGUAGGGAAAAUGGGAUCAGGCUGUGCUAGGGUUAUUAUGGUAUUGCAGAACUGAUUGUUUAUGCCUGAGCAAAAAAAUGCUCACAUAUUUUGUUGCCUAUAAAAAUGUUAGG